AUGGAUAAAGUACUUAUCAUAUUACUAUCCAUAUUAAUUGGAUUCUUAAUCCUAUUAGUCCAAUUCUUUCUUCAAUCGGGUGGAUUAAAAACCAUAAAAAUCUCCAACAAGUCACCUUACUUUAAACCAAGCUUUAUCAUAUGUGGAGCCAACAAUAGUGGGAAAACUGCCCUUUUCUAUCGUCUUAGCACCCACACCUUGGAGGAUGAGAAGAAGAAGGAGAAGGAUGGUCGAAUCACAACUACGGUUUCAUCAAUUGAACCUAAUUUUGGUGAAAUCAAAUUACCAAUCACUACACCAAGUAUAGGCAAGAAUUAUCAGUUGGUUGAUUACCCGGGACAUUUAAAAUACUGGAACUUAUUUACCAAAUUGAUUAAAAAUGAUAUAACUUUAUCUAACAUUAAAGGGGUUGUUGUUGUUAUUGAUUCAAGUAGCGCCACCUGGACCAAGGUUGGCAACAACAACAAUGCAGCUGGCGCCGGAGCUGGUACUAAUGAAGUUGAGAAAAUUACCAAAUUCUUGUACAAUUUAUUAGCCAUAACUGAACGCAAGCAUAAUGGAAUUGAUUUCUUAUUUGCCGUCAACAAAUCCGAUUUGUUUGAUUCGUUACCAAUACACAAGAUAAGAACCAUUUUGGAACUGGAGAUUGAUAAAUUAAUUCAUAACGAAAUCAACAAUGUUGAUAAGACUUCGGGUAUUGAUGUGAUUGAAGACAUUGAUGGAAACGGCGAUAAUGAAAAUGGAGAAGGUGGUGGUAGUGGUACUGAUGGUGGAUAUAGGGAGAAUUUACGAGAGUUUUGGUUGAGUAUUAUUGGCUCUAAUGAGGGGCAAUUUACGUUUGAUAAAUUGGAAGGGAAUAUGGAUUUUAUGAGUGGUAGUGUGUUGAAGAAUAAGAUUGAUAAAUGGGAGUGUUGGUUUGAUGAAAAAGUGGUUAAUACAUGA